GAGCCACCGCACAGCAUGUCGAACGAAGCCAGUCAAAGCAAUACAGAUGGUGGAGUUGAACAAUGCAAAGACGAUAUUUUCGUCUUGGAUAGCCCAAAAGCUCCGUGGGUGGCGAGUGGCCGAGACGAUGCUAAGGUUGGUAACGACAAGCCGAGAGUUAAAUGGAUGAUAUCUGCGAUCGAAGAAGCGCUAUCAACCCGAGCCAACGGUAAUGCGAACAUUCCAGAUGAGUUAUCGGCGCGGUGAGGUCCUGGGCAAUGAGUUGUCCGCUUUCCUCGAGGCAUCCGGAUCUCAGUCAGACAGCCAUCCUUUGCAAGUUUCUCGAGCUCCCCGAGCUGGGCCAGAUGCCCAGUUGCCUUUUAUCUGCCGCAGCACUGGCGGAUGCGAAUGCGGCCCUCUUUCAGCGCCUAAGGGUUCGAGUCUCUACUCGAACCUACCUUCCGAUGAUUACAUACGAGUUCUCGAAGUAUUGCCAGGAGUUAGUCCCGAGGUGGAAUGCAGGAUGCACAUUUGCCGGCUUCCAGACGACGUGUACACGUACGAGGCGCUCUCCUAUACGUGGAAACUGGACGAUAAGAAGUCUGAUAAUGUUUCUGACGUCUUGAUCCGCUGCAACGGGUACGAGACUGCUGUUGGAAUUAAUCUGGCCGCUGCCCUCCGAAAGGUACGCGAGUGUCACACUUCGAGGUAUAUUUGGGUCGAUGCACUCUGUAUCAACCAGAAAAUGAAGCCGAGAAGAGCCGUCAGGUCGGAAAAGUGAGCAGCAUCUUUGCGAGCGCCUUCCAGGUGGUGAUCUGGCUCGGAGACAAUGAAGCUGAGUGGAAUCCACGGACCCGUUUUCCCUCUCACAGAUCCAAUAUCCAACUCCCCCAGCCUCACUAUCCAUAUCAAGCGUUC